AAGGUCUUGAUCGCGAAUCGCGGAGAGAUUGCCUGCCGCGUCAUACGCACGUGUCAGCGUUUGGGCAUCCCCACGGUGGCUAUUUAUUCCUCCGCCGACGGACCCGACUGUCUCCACGCGCGCAUGGCGGACGAAUCCUACCAGAUUGGGACCGGACCCACGCCGCGUGAAUCCUACCUACAACCCGACGAUAUUCUACGCGUGGCCCUCGACACGGGCGUGCACGCCAUUCACCCCGGAUACGGAUUCUUGUCGGAAAAUGCCGCCUUUGCGGAACUCGUCACCAACCACCGUAUGACUCUGGUCGGUCCGCCGCCGUCCGCCAUGACGGCCAUGGCCAGCAAGUCCCGAUCCAAAGCGAUUAUGGAAGCCGCCGGCGUCCCCACGACACCCGGCUAUUUCGACCAGAUGGGACUGCCGGAACACCAAACGGUUGAGUUCUUGUUGUCGCAGGCUGUCCGGAUCGGCUUUCCCGUCCUCAUCAAGGCCGUCAUGGGCGGCGGGGGCAAAGGUAUGCGCUUGGUCGGACAGGAGUCGGAAUUCGACGAUGCCUUGCGGGCCUGUCAGCGAGAGGCACAAUCAGCCUUUGGCAACGCCGAUGUCUUGCUCGAAAAAUAUCUCGUCAGACCCCGACACGUUGAAGUGCAAAUUGUCGCCGACAGCCACGGGAACGUCGUACAUUUGUUUGAACGCGACUGUAGUCUCCAACGACGGCACCAGAAGAUUAUUGAAGAAGCGCCCGCCAGCGACUUGCCCCCCGACUUGCGCGCUCGACUCGGUGAAAACGGCUGCCAAGCCGCCCGCGCCGUGGGCUACGUCAAUGCCGGGACGGUCGAAUUCUUGCUCGACACCACCACACCCGGCGACUUCUUCUUUUGCGAAAUGAACACUCGUCUCCAAGUCGAACACCCCAUUACGGAACAAAUUACGGGCGUCGACUUGGUGGAAUGGCAGUUGCGCAUUGCCGCUGGGGAAGUUUUGCCGAAAACACAAGACGAACUGUACGCCCGUGGUCACGCCUUUGAAGCCCGUGUGUACGCGGAGCAUCCAGCUCGGGGCUUUUUGCCGGCCACGGGAACGGUAUGGCAUCAUCAGCCGCCGGCUCCCGUGAACCAAGGGUCGUGUAAGGAGAGUGGCAUUCGUGUCGACACCGGACUCCAAGCCGGGCAGCAAGUCGGCGUGUACUACGAUCCCAUGAUUUCCAAACUGAUUGUUCACGAUACGGAUCGGACGGCAGCGUUGCAAAAACUAGUCCGGGCUCUCAAGGGGUACCAGAUUGCUGGUGUGCCGACGAACAUUGACUUUUUAAUCAAAUGCGCGACUCAUCCAACCUUUGGCAAAGCCGGUGCGGUCAAUACGGGAUUCUUGGAAGACUUCGCGGACGAUGUACGAAUGGAAGAG